AGAAAGCUGAGAUAUGCAGAGCCAAGGAGCUUCAGAGGAAAAAAGCUCCUACAACUGCCCCUCCUGCGGCACCUUCAUGGAGUUACGAGGGUGAAGGAGGUCCCGAGAACUGGGCGACGCUGUUUCCCAAUUACUGUGCUGGCAGCAGUCAGUCCCCGAUCGCCUUGAAUGGACUCGAAGCCACUAUUAAGAGCUCUUCCGACGCUUGGGUGCUGGACAAAUACGACACCGUCCCUGAUGAUCUCAUGAUUGAAAACAAUGGACAUUCAGCCAAGGUUGCAUGGACCAUCACAGACGUCGCGGAGCUCCCCUCAAUCAGCGGCGGAGAGUUGGGAGGCCAAUACACUUUCGCCCAGUUUCACUUCCACUGGGGCAGCGUCAGCACACAGGGAUCCGAGCACACCCUCAAUGGGGUCGCAUACGCUGCCGAGCUUCAUCUGGUGCACUUCAAGACUGAGUAUGGGUCCCUCACCGAAGCGGUCGCGCACGAUGACGGCCUUGCUGUGUUGGGCAUUAUGCUCCUGGGCGGUCUGGUCGACAAUCCCAGUCUCACGCCAAUCAUCGAAGGGCUUGCCACUAUUCCGAAUUCAGGUGACGAAGAACACCUGGCAACGAUGUUCCCCCUCCAAGACCUCCUGCCGCCGGACACCAACACCUUCUACAGGUACUCAGGUUCCUUGACAACUCCCACCUGCAAUGAGGUCGUCACCUGGACUGUUUUCCGAGAGCCCAUAAGCAUUUCCGAGCAUCAGCUUGAGGAAUUCCGCAAGCUUCUCGGAGAUCACGACCACCACAUUGAAGACAACUACCGCCCUGUCCAGCCCAUCAACGGCCGUACGGUCGAGAAGAUCACUUUAUCUUAACUCUUCGUGAUGUUCAGGACCAAAAUGAGAGCGACGACUUCAGUGCAUACUACCAUGGGAAAACAGUAUGAGAGAGAGAGAGAAAGAGAGAGAGAGAAUUACGAGUAAGAGGGUGUUUUCCCCUUUUGUUGUAUUCUUUGUUUUCCG